UACAUCUGUUUUGUGGUUUUGUAGUUUAUGUGCAAGUAUUUGAACAAAGUUACUAAAAUGUUUUUUAUUUUGGCGGCUAUUGUUCUUAUUGCGAGUGGCGGAGGAGCACAGAUGAGUGAAGAUAGUUGUGAUGCCAACGAGCUGAGGUUGUGUGUCGACAUGACACCUAAAACACCGGUCGGGUUGCCCAGGACGAGAAAAGAACUGGAUGCCCAUUGUGCGGCCUACCAUACAGGCAUGGCAUGUAUGGAUGCGUGGAUCAAGCGAUGUCUGCCAACAGAUGGACAAAAAUUAGUACAACAACAGAUUGGAGGAGCCAGAGCACUCAUGAAGUUUCUAUGUACCAAUGACUCAUCUUUGAGAAGGGAUUUCCUAAAAGAACCAACUUGUUGGUCGAUGGUUUCACCUGACUGGUCUCGAUGUGUGGACGAAUUGCAGCUUGCUGUUAGAGAUAUCUCUGAACGAGCUCAACUCAUCAACUACUUUAAUAAGAGCUAUGAACUGUGCUGUGCUAGAGAUGCAUUUGUGUCGUGCGUAGCACAUGCUGGUCGUUCCUGUUCAGCAUCAGCGGGCACGUUACUUCGGCGGAUGGCCUGGGUCCUUGCUCAAGAUGUUGCUGCUUGCAGCCAACAGCCACGAGCCCAUUGCGAUGCUGUCACACUUAUAAACACGCCACUCCUAACGUUCCUUUCGGGGAUAUUAUUGUAUCCACCGAAUCUUUAAGAUUCGACCCGUAACGAAUAAAAUAUGAUUUAGUAUAAUUUUUUAAUAAGUACAUUUUUGUUAUUAAAAGUCGAUAAUUAUUGUUAUUUAUCGCCGACACAUAUUAAUCACAUUUAUUUAUUUACCUUAAACAUAGAUAUAAAACCACUCACAUAUAUUAUUAGGCCACAACCGGCUCUCUCGCUAACAGGUGAUAUUUUCUUGAAAUUUUUGUGAAUACUGGGUUAGUUAUUAAAUUCCCUUAUUAUUAUUAUAUAUCAAUAUAGGCAUAUUCCUGUAAAAUUAGCUAGAUAUAUUUGCCAUUGAUUUUAAAUUGUAUUAUUUACAAGAAUUGUGUUUGAAAUUGAGGUACUCGAAAAAUUCAAAUGAAAGUUAAUUAUUUCCUAUAUUUAAGUAAAUAGAGAUUGGCAAUCGUUUAUAUAUCCUUAACAAAGUUCCUUAUAAAAUAUUCUAACAAGGGUAGAUGAAAAAAGACAUGAGUUUAUAUUUUCAUUAUAAAAUUCGUCGAAUUAAAACUGCUCCGAUUUUUUUUUCGUUUUUUACGACUUGUACGUAGUACCACAAGUAAUAUUAAAAAGGUGCAAGGCUUUAGACCUCUUAAAAAAUUUACAUGCAUGAUGUAAAUGAUAUUGUCUCAGUUCCCAUAGAAUUUCAUUAGGUUAGGUUAGGUUUUAUUUUGAUUCUAACUAGCAUUUCUGAUCAGAUUAGCUUAGGAGAAAGAAAAAGAUUACCUUCUUUCAAUCAUUUCACAAAUCAUGAUGUUUUCAUUUAUUUAUAUGGGGGUUAAAGAGCAUGCACUACCAUAUUAUUGCACACCAUUGCUGACUGAUGAAAAUAUCCAGAAAUAUAUUUGUAACUGUUUUAAGAUGGAGUCGUGAUUCGACAAAUUUUAGUAUUAAAUAAUGUUUAGUAUUAAUUAAAAACCAAUAUAAAUAUUCAGUUAAUCUAGUAUUGUUAAAGCAUUCAUGAAAAGUUUGUUUGGUUUAAACAGCACAACAAUUUUUAACCGUGCCUUUAAUUCGCCAACGGAAAAAAUACAAUAUUUUAGCUUUUCCUAAUUUUAUUGUUAAAGGAAUUAUUGUUCUCGAAACACAUCAGACAUACUGUAUGAGUAACUUAUGGGUAUGAAUUAGAGCCGAGGCUAGUUAAGAAAAAGUAUGGCAUGUUAAAUUAAUUACUUUUUGGCAUACGGAAGCCACACUUAGCGCUAAGACACCAGAUUGAAUCCCACCAUAAAGAUUGUUACACUCAUUAAGGAAAAUUUAUACGUAUAAUUAUGACUUAUACAUUAUGUAAUUUUGUGUAUUGUGUUUAUGGGAAAAAUUACACAACAGUUUAAAUAGUUUAGCAGCCAGCAGUUUACGUUUAGUUUAAUGUUGUUUCAUGAAAACCUGUUUUAAUUACGUCCUUCCUAUGUGAAAAUUACGCAAAGUAUUGUAAUAAUAUCAUAUU